AUGCUUAUAUUUUUAAUUAUAUUCUUUCAAACAUUUUCAUUCUUGGCAAAUUCAAUUUCAAAUUGCAAAUUUUGGGGCUUUCCAUAAUUAAUAAACAAAUUUAAUUUAAGAGGACAUUAUUAAGAUGUAGCUUCUGAAUUUAAUGGAGCAUUCAUAAAAAGUGCAAGGUAUAAUAUAUUUGUUGGUCCCCCUUUAAAUAUAAGUCCAUUAAGAUAUUAAUUAUAUUAUGUUAAUAAUACUUACGGGCAUAUGUACACUGAUACUUCAAUUGACAUUUAAUUCUCAUAAGCUUAUGAGAUUAAUCAAAUAAUCGUAUGGCUUUAUGAUAUUGAUGGUAGAAAUCAUUGUUUUAAAAUUAUUGCUAUUGAUUAAUACAAUCAAGAAACAGAGUUAUUUUAAGGAUUAAAUUUGAUUGGGAUGGUAAAAAUUACAUUUUAAGAUUAAAUUAUAUAAACGGUAAAAAUUGUGAAUUUACCUGGUGGAACAAGUAGUAAGUUAGCUAUUAUAAAAAUUUCAGCUUUCUAUGCUAAUUGGAAUCUGAUUUGA